GUCUUUGCAGAGUACAUACUGCGGACGCUACCUGCUGGUCGUGUUGUGCAGUGUUCUGGCUUAUGGAAUUUCAUAGUUUGUACUGGAUGUGACCCACGAGUGUCUGCUAACGCCCGGGUGAACAGGGGGUGUUUCCAUCCGGCUAGGGAUCAAACCAUGGACACUCAGUCCUCUUCGGUGGUAAACUAGCCACUUUGGUGGCAAAAUCUAAUCUAAUCUUUGGUGCCAUCUGAAAGGUGUGAAGAUAUCAACAUGGAUUGCACAUGUAGCUUUGAAUCUUUAACCAAAAAGUUUUUUAGGGUGUUACUAUUAAACAACAAGCUGCUUGAACUAAGAGUUAACAUUAGAUCAGAACGUACAACAGAGGAAAUGUUUUCUUACAUAUGGAGACUUGAUGAAGCUCAAAGGUUUCUGACACCAGUUUUGAUUCCACCUACUAAGUCUGAGAGUGUUUCUUUUAUGCACUGGAGAGAAGGAGAGAGUGCCUACCGUAUUCAUGAUUUAGAUACGGCAUUACAAUAUUAUAACUUGGCCAUUUUAUCUGCACCACAUCCAGACAUUUUGGCAGACAAUGCUGAGGCUCAUGACAGAGAAAUGUACAAAGCUUUGGCUCAAGGUUAUGAGUCACGGUCUAUUGUCCUCUUUGACCUACAGCAGUAUGAAAAAUGCUCAGAGGAUAUUGAUCGUGCUUUGCAACUUAGUUCCUAUAGAAUUUCGUGUAAAAUGUUAGAAAUGAAAGCCAGAUGUAUGAUAUUCAUAUCAGAAGGAAAAGACAAGACAUUUGAUGCUUCAGCUGAAUCUUUAAAGUCAUAUCCUGAAUCAUUUGCUUAUACAAAUCCUAAACCACCAAAGUUAACAGAGGUCAACCCUACCAUGCCAUCACUGAGCAGCAGUGUCAAGCUAGCCUACACACCAUCCGAGGGAAGACAUCUCAUUGCUGAUAAAGACAUCAACCCAGGUAAUAUGUUUUAAUAAAAUAUUUUAAUA